AUGGCGCCCAAAAAUCGCAUCAUCAUCGACACCGAUCCGGGCGUCGACGACGUCUUGGCCAUCUUGCUUGCCCUCGCCGCCAGCGCCGACGACCUCGAAGUGCUACUGAUCUCAAUCACCUUUGGCAACGUCGACGUGCGCUCCUGUCUACGAAAUGUCGUGGCCAUUUUCCACAUCCUGGAGAAGGAAAUCGCAUGGCGUGAGCAGCAGGGCAAACCAGUGGGGUUCGACGGUCUCACCGAAUUCAAGCCGAUCGUGGCCAUUGGCGCCGACGAACCUUUACAAGAUCGCAUCGAGAGCGCCGACUAUUUUCAUGGGACUGACGGAUUGGCCGGGACGCAUACCAGCCAUCCCCAUUUCUCACCCGAGGAGAGUUGGAAUAGGCUGUUCGAGCAACCUCCCCCAGACAGUUUCAUCACCGAGAAGGCCAAGCCCGAAGUCGAUCUCAAGGAAGACACCAAUGCAUUCAUCCCUUCCCUCGAGCCUGCACACAAGGAAAUUCUCCGCCUUCUACGGGAAAAUGAGCCGGAUACUAUCACCUUGAUCGCUAUCGGCCCGCUCACGAACUUUGCUCUGGCCGCGGCAGAAGACCCAGAGACCUUUUUGAGGUGUAAAGAAGUCAUCACCAUGGGUGGCACAGUUGAUGGCAUCGGCAAUGUCACGCCUGUAUCGGAAUUCAACGUCUAUGCCGACCCCUACGCUGCUGCUAGGGUUUAUGCACUGUCAUCGCCCAUCCCAGCGAGCACCAUGCCCGUCGCCACGGAAGGCGAACGCAGCUUUCACCUCCCCCAAUACCCUCCGCGGCUGUCCAAGCAGCUGCAGCUCACACUCAUGAGCCUGGACAUCACGGAAUACCAUAUGCUGAGCCGUGGCGAGUUCAACACGUUUGCCAAGCCUCAUCUCGAGGCCGGUUCACCUCUUGCGGCGUGGAUGACGGCGUUCAUGACGCCUAUGCUCGACAAGAUGGAACGGCUGCACAUCGGCCAUGAGGGCGAAGGCGCUGCACUGGCGCUACACGAUCCGCUUUGUAUCUGGUACGUGCUGACGCACGACGACCCAUUGUGGAAAGCGAGCGCGCGCAGCCCCGAGGAUAUUCGAGUCGAGACUGCCGGCCAGUGGACUCGAGGCAUGACGGUGGGCGACAAACGAGCCCGACGUAGGCGGAACUCGGACGGCGAGGUGCCUCAUGACCGCGGCAACUGGCUGGGUAACAGGAGUGGCAAUCGCGUGUAUAGGAUGCUGGAGAGUCCAGGCCGGGAGGAGGCUUCGAAGCACCUCUUGAAGACGAUUUUUGGGGGAUGA